UGCAUGAUGGCCAGCAAGGCGGUGCUCCGCUACGCCGUCAUCCCGGACGGGCCGGAUGCGCCCGACUUCAACGCCACCGCCGCCGCCGACGCUGCCGCCGCCGCCGGCCUGCCCGCCGACGCGCAGUACACGCCCGAGCAGGUGGUGACGGCGCUGUGCCUGGGCGUGGGGCUGUGGCAAGUGGCGCUGGGGUUGCUGCGCCUGGGCGGCAUCAGCGUCUUCAUGAGCGACACCCUCGUCAGCGGCUUCACCACCGCCGCCGCCGUGCACGUCAUGUCGUCGCAGGUGAAGAACCUUCUGGGGUUGCGCGGCCUGCCGCAGCGCAACGGCGUGCUCAAGAUCGUCUACAUGUACGUAGACAUGGCGCAACACAUCCAGGACACCAACUUCAUCGCUCUGGGAAUCAGCGUGUGCUAUGUGAGCGCGCUCUUCAUCUACAACGAGUUCCUCAAGCCGCGCGUGGCGCGCCGCUUGUCCUUCCCCCUGCCCGUGGAGCUGGCGGCCGUCGUCACCGGGACGCUGCUCUCCUACUUCCUGGGUCUGAGCGGCAAGAUCGCAACGCUGGGCGCCAUCCCCACUGGGCUGCCCGCGCCCACGCCCCCGCCCUUGGAGCUGCUGCCGACGCUGCUCAUAGACUCGCUGCUCAUCGCCAUCAUCGCCUUCUCCGUCAACAUGUCCAUGGCGUCCAUCUUCGCGCGCAAGGACCACUACUCCGUGGACGCCAACCAGGAGCUCCUGGCGUCGGGCUUCUCCAACGUGCUGGGCUCGUUCUUCACGUGCCUGCCGUUCGCGGCGUCGCUGUCGCGCAGCCUCAUCCAGCACGUGGUGGGCGGGCGCACGCAGGUGGCGUCGCUGGUGUCCUGCUCCGCGCUGCUGCUCAUUAAGUUCCUUAUUUUGGACAUGUCGUCAGUCUGCUUUGUGGAUCCUUCUUCGCUGAAGGGGAUGGAAACAAUUUAUGAAGAUUUCAAAGUGAAGGGCAUAGUAUUAUGUUUGGCAGAAUGUUCUGCGCAAGUGUACGAGCGAAUGGUGAACUGCGACUUCUUCUGGAAGUUCCCCGACGCGCAGCUGUUCGCCGCCGUGCACGACGCGGUGUUGUUCGCGCUGCAGGCGAGCCACCCCGACGGCAACGACGUCGGUGCUGCCGCCAAGGAGGCCUGA